GGGAAUUCGAUCAGGAUGGUGCGGGACCUGGAGGGGAGCCUGGUGGUGACAUUCUGUGCUCCAGUUGUCCUGUCUGCAAGAUACGCCUCCCCGGGCGCUAGAGGAAUGCGACAGGUUCGGGGGGGUGUUUGAUCUCUGUGGACAUCAGUAAAAAGAAUGUUAAAUAAUGCAACAGAAACGAAACAUCCAGAUAAUAGAAUGGGAGGACCUGGACAAGAAAAAGUUCUACUCUGUUGGCAUUUUCAUGACUCUGUCAAUCCGCCUUGCAGUUUAUCCUGUCAUACUGAUUAGAACAAGGCUUCAGGUCCAAAGAGGCUGGAGUCAAUGCAAAGGCACUUCUGAUGCAUUCAGUAAGAUUGUAAGAUCUGAGGGUAUGCGAGGACUGUACAGAGGGUUUCUCGUGAAUGUGUUUAGCCUAAUCUCAGGCCAAGUCAAUGUUACAACCUAUGAACUAGUUUGCAUGUACGUAUCGCACUAUAGCAAUAAUAAUGCAGUUAAGUCGUUUGUAGCAGGAGGUUCAGCAUCACUUGUGGCACAGACUGUCACAGUGCCUUUUGAUGUAAUUUCUCAGCACCUAAUGAUCAUGGGCCAGAAAGUACAGAGCCGAUUACAGUUGUACCAAACUACAGGAGGUAUCAGCCAAAGCUUUGGCCAAGCAAAGAAGGUUAUUGUUCAUAUUUUUAGGAUUGAUGGCCCAAAAGGAUUUUACAGAGGAUAUUUAGCUGCCUUGUUGACAUACAUUCCUAACAGUGCAGUGUGGUGGCCUUCUUAUCUCUUCUUUGCAGAGCAACUUUCAACAUGGGCUCCCAGCAAAUGGCCGCAUUUGGUCCUUCAAGGAAUGGCAGGCCCGAUGGCAGCAGUCACAGCAUCUACACUCACCAACCCAAUGGAUGUGAUCAGAACUAGGGUUCAGGUGGAGGACAAAACCUCGAUAAUUGAAACUUUCAGUCGGGUUUUGAGAGAGGAAGGUGCAUAGGGCUUCACCAAGGGGCUAUCUGCUCGCAUCUUAUCUGCAGCUCCAACAGCCUUUGUCUUAGUCAUUGGUUACGAAACAUUGAAGAAGGUCAGUCUAAGGCAAGAAUUAGUGACAACUAGACACUGGUAGACAUGGUGAAGCAGUAUUUCAUUAAAACAGUACAAAAAUCCAUUGUGGCUUUUACUGCAAGGAUGCAAAACUUUGAGUAUCUUAUAUGCACCCUCGCUGUAUGCAAGUACUAAACUCCAGCAAUGUGGUUCUGUAGGAUUAUUAUACCUGUUUAGAUUUACAUACACUCAGGUAUUCUGUAUUGUAAAUGUGAUGUUUAAUGUAUGCAGAAGCAGGGAAUCAAAUCAUUAUGAACGAUUUUGUUUGUUCAGCCAAUAGUGAAUGUGUAAAAUGCUGUAUCAGCUUCAGUUUUUGACCUUCAAAAGUUGGGAUGUGUUUGAAAAAAAGUUUUAAGCUGUUUAAUAAAAGACUGCAGUGCUAACGUU